CUCCGCUCCCUGGGGCCGAGCCCAGCCACUCGAUCAGCCCGCUGGCUCCGGAGCGGCUCUGCCUUCCCGAGCGCGGGACGCGGCGCUCUGGGGGAGGAGGGCGAAGCGACGCGGCGAUGGCUCCCCGGGCACUCCCGGGGUCCGCUGUCCUAGCCGCUGCUGUCUUCGUGGGAGGCGCCGUGAGUUCGCCGCUGGUGGCUCCGGACAAUGGGAGCAGCCGCACGUCGCACUCCAGAACAGAGACGACCCCGUCGCCCAGCAAUGAUACUGGGAAUGGACACCCAGAAUAUAUUGCAUAUGCGCUUGUCCCUGUGUUCUUUAUCAUGGGUCUCUUCGGCGUCCUCAUUUGCCACCUGCUUAAGAAGAAAGGCUAUCGUUGUACAACAGAAGCAGAGCAAGAUAUCGAAGAAGAAAAGGUUGAAAAGAUAGAAUUGAACGACAGUAUGAAUGAAAACAGUGACACUGUUGGGCAAAUCGUCCACUACAUCAUGAAAAAUGAAGCGAAUGCUGAUGUCUUAAAGGCAAUGGUAGCAGAUAACAGCCUGUAUGAUCCUGAAAGCCCCGUGACCCCCAGCACACCAGGGAGCCCACCCGUGAGUCCUGGGCCUUUGUCACCAGGGGGGACCCCGGGGAAGCACGUCUGUGGCCAUCAUCUGCACACGGUGGGCGGUGUUGUCGAGAGGGACGUGUGUCAUCGGUGUAGGCACAAGCGGUGGCACUUUAUAAAGCCCACCAACAAGUCCAGAGAGAGCAGACCACGGCGCCAAGGCGAGGUCACGGUCCUUUCUGUUGGCAGGUUUAGAGUUACAAAAGUGGAACACAAGUCAAACCAGAAGGAACGGAGAAGCCUGAUGUCUGUUAGUGGGGCUGAAACCGUCAAUGGGGAGGUGCCGGCAACACCUGUGAAGAGAGAACGCAGUGGCACAGAGUAGCAGCAAUGACUUGACUUGAAGAACUCUAAGAGACUGAAAACUUACAAGAUAUGAAGUUGCCUCGGGAAUUUUUUAUAUAUUUUAUACAAUUUCUGUCAUGGAGUCAGCAGGCAUGUGAAUAAAACCUAAAAGGGAAUGUUAUUGCUGUGCCGUAUACAAAAUUCAGUUUGCUUUGAAACAAGUUUUGGUUGAAAGAGUCUUGAAAAAUUUAUUAUACUUCCGGGGAAGGAAAGAGCUGUUUUUAUCUUCUUAACCACUCCCCGCCUCUACCCUUCCCAGCCCCUAAUCCCAGGCCUUGGUGUACACACUGUAGUUUUUCCAUUAUGAUCAGUAUGUGCAGUGAUGCUAUUCACGUACAGUCUGAGCUUACGCUCAGGGGUGUGUGUGUACAUGUGUAUACAUGUGUGCCUGUGAGCGUGUGUUUCUCUUUUUCCAGUUCCUACAUCCUGUUUUGACACUGGUUGUAAGAAGAUCUUCAUACAUACAGGUUAGCUGUUACAAGAGAUAAAAGAUGACUCUUCAGUGGUAAAAGCUCAGUGGAAAUAACCUAGUCUAGCCCUGAGGAGUUGAUUCCCCAAGGAGUCAGAUGGGACCAGAUGCUAGACUUUGGAUUCCUUGACUACAAAUUCAGCAUUAACUCCUGCCACUACCAUGUCACUCCUAUAGCACUUACACAUUUUGAGAAGGUUUUUUUUGAGACGGAGUCUCGCUCUGUCACCUAGGCUGGAGUGCAGUGGCAUAAUCUCGGCUCACUGCAAUCUCCACCUCCCCAGGUUCAAGCGAUUCUCCUGUCUCAGCCUCCCGAGUAGCUGGGAUUACAGGCAUGCA